AUUACGGUGACGGUUUGUUUACCAGUUCGACUUUUAUUGGCCAGAUAACACACGAAAACGUCAACUGACAAAAGCCAUAGUGCUCAAAAGGUUAUCUGUACUUUAUAGCCGUUAACUGGUGAGUGUACAACUUUGCUUUAGCUAGCUUGCUAACUAUUUCUCUUGAAUGUUUGUAUAUUAAACACAGCGGUUCCUUAUGAAGGCUUUCAGUAAAUACAAAAGCAAAUAUUCGCUCAAUUUCUGUUCAUUUUUUGGCUCAAGUACAACUCACCUAGAAUUAAUUAAUCAGAAUUUCUUUACGAAGAUAAUAACAACUGUUUACAGAUGUUUAAUAUAGACACUUUUCCCUUAACGGUCCCACUGGCAUUUAGUGAAGUGCAAUUAGCAAAGAGCACAGUCUGCUAUUCAGUAUAUACGGGGUGCAGCUAUUACAUAAUGACACGAGUGCUGUUUUUCGAUUUUUAUUAAAUUCGAGCAGAUGGAAACUUCCAGGGUUUGUUCAUGCUUGCCCAUGGGUCAGUGCAUACUACGUGAUUCGACUGACAAAACCCCAGUAUUAUUAUUUAGUAGCCACACCUCUUACAUUUUACAGCACAUCACGCCAAGACUUUAAACAGUCUUAUUUAUAUUUUUACAAACUAAUGGCAGUCACACUCUUGAUGCUAUCAUAUUCUUUUAUAAGGUAAAUACUAAACUAAUGCUCAACUUUAAAAAAAAAAAUACGUACCACAUUGUAAUCUGUAGGAGAAAUCACAACUACAUUGUUGACCUAAAUCGUGCAGCCCUGACUAUUAUUGCAUUAUUGCAACGUCAGAUGUUGACAAGAAUAUUUUUAUGCUUGAGAAUAUAAAUAUUUUAUCACUAGUCUUCACAGGUCUCACACAUGUGAAUUUGAAUUUGAUAAGGACUAAUUUUUGGUUUGAAAAGAUGCUAAUUUUAACCUGAUAUAAUUAAAAUGUACGAUUAUUGCCAUCUUGUAUAGUUAAAGUUAGCUUUUAUUAAUCAGAGCUUUUCAUUUGACAGACAGUAACUGGAAUUACAGUUACAUAUUUCCCUAAAACAAUCAGCCCUGGUGCUGACACACUGCAGCAUGUAGUGCUGCUAAUAAUUUUGUGCUCACUGCUAUUCAGUUUUAGUAGUGUGUAAUGGUGCAUUUUUAAUAAUUCAUUUUGCUGUAGUGGGUAUGCACACAAUUUCAUAUGUCUAAUCAGGAAAAAACAACACGCAUAUCAAUACACAAGGUCAGAAUUUUGUUUUGCUGUAUCUUCUCUCACUCUGUUUGACUUCUACCUAAUCCUCCUUAAUCUACAUUGUGCUACUGCGUGAUUCACUGGCACAGUGUAAGGAGUGACACAGGGUAGACAUGUUAGACGGUGGGCAGUUUGUGGAGACCCUGGGCCGUCUAGGUUAUCCUGGUGCAUCAUCACUGAAGGCCUCAGAAUUCGAUUGGCUGUUUGACUGUGCCCCAGAGAACCUACACUUCUUGCGCUUUGUCUGUCGGACCCUCAACCAGAGCAAUGUCAUCACCACGGAAGAGGCGUGUGCUUUUCAGGAGCUACGGAAGUCCGGCAAGCCAAUUCUGGAUGAGACAGCCUUGGGCGAGGUCCUUAAGACUAUUGGACAUUCAAAUGGGAGCAAUACAAGCAUCUUUGGGCCCUCUUCUUCUUCGUCAUCUGUAUUUGCAACAGACGGGGAUCUGUCCAUAGAGGAUUUGGAGGCAGAACUCCAGGCACUUCAGAAAGAAAAAGAGCUGAAGCAACGGCGCUAUAACAAGCUGCAGGUUAGGGCCACCUCGCGUGCAGAUGUUGAUCUCCGACUCACUGCAGAGAUGGAGAGCGCUGCAUGUAAGCUGAAGGAGGUCAGUGCUGCCAUCGGAGCUGAGAAUGCUGACACCAACACAUUGUUACAAGCCCUAGCAGAUGAAAUAAACAAGCUUGGUUCUUAUCUCCCAGUUGAACCAGAAGCCAAGCUAAAGGAUAAAGAAGAACCUGUGGUCCAAUCAAACACCUGUAUCACCCAACGACCCACUGUCCUCCUUUCUCAGAUGUCUUUGGAUCCCUAUUUGCAUCAAGAGGAGCUCAACACUAAAACACUGGCUGCCUUUACGCAAAAGCAAUUUUUUCAGGGUAUUUCAGACAUUGUUGAGACUUCUUGCUCUGAGCGCCUCCAGGUUCUUGACCUCAGUUCCUGUGAAGAUAGAGAAGAAGAAGAGAAUAAACAUGAGGGGAGAAGGGGGGAGGACCACGUGGUGGAACACAGGAGGACAGAGAUGGCCAGACUUCAGUGGUCUCAUAUUGUGGCCCAGCACCAACUGAUGCAAGCCAUGUCAGAGGAGAAAAGUAUCAAAGCCGGAUUGGACUGGCUCUCUGAAAAGUCUUCUCAUACCAAGAGCAUUUCCACCUCCUCUUCACUGCAUGUGCGUGAGGUUGUGUCCAGAAAGGAACUGCAGGCGGUGGAGGCUGAGCUGGAAGCUCUGCUUCAUGGACCAGUACCUGCUGCCCUUAGAGAGUCAGCUAGGUUGCUUAAUGUGCCGGUAGUGAGGGGAGACAUGGCUCUCCAACUCGCCAGGCAGGACUACUACACCUCCAGACAGGAUCAGGUACGUGACUACUUACUCCGGCAGAAAGCGUCCUUUGACUUGGUCCUCCUGGCUCAGGAGAUAGAGUUGAGGAGGUGGAGGACAUGUCAGAAGCAGAUGGGAGGAGUUACCAGCCGACUGAUGAAGGAAAGUGAAGAGGCAUCGCUAAGGAUCGAGUCCCUGGCACACCCUGACCUGGCAAUCAACCCCAGACCCAAUCCUAUCAUCACCUGCAAGGAUGCAGCAUUCAGUAGACUGCUCCAGAUACUUGACCGUGAUUCAGACCACGGUCGAUCAGAGCCUUUUCGGACAUAUGAAGCAUUGGACCAAGCUGCUCGUGAUCUGGCAAGCAGCCUCCAGCAGACCCGAGAUGCGCUGGCUGGUGCCUGCCGUGAGCAGUGCUACACAGCAGCUCGUCUUUCUGGUGACUGUGAGGUGCUCCGUAGGGCCAUGUACACAGAGCUCCAGCAGCUGGUUUUAGGCCCGCAGGUACGUCCAACGGCCAUUACUGACCAGGAGCUCCUUUGCCCAAAUGCACAGGAACUGACAGUGAAGCUUAUGGAAGCACAAUCACAGCUGCAGAGUUUGCAGCAAGUAAUGCAAGAAAUCCUGGGGGAAGUUAAAGCCAAGCGGUCCCAGCUGGAGCGCAAUGCCCUCCUCAGGCUUGAAAGGGAAUUGUACAUCUAUUUUCAUUUGGAUGCUCGGCUGCUUGAGAAAGUAGUGGAAGACUUGGAGGGCAAAAUGGCUGCAAAGAGAAGAAAGUAGCAUAAUGUGCCAGAAUACGUGAAGAGUGCUUAUAGUUUGCUCAGCAUCAACUUCCAUUGCCAAUCUCAUAAUAACUGCAAUCCAGCUGCUCCAGCUGAAGACAUGGACUCAUUAUCUGUGCUAAUUACAAGUGCAAGCCUACCUUCAUUUUGUUUGUGUGGGAGAUUAACAUUAAUCAACUUGGAAAUAUGAGCUGAGGUGUUUGUAUAAUAAGUGUUCGUUUCAUGCCAACAUUCAUAAACCUAUCAAUUUGUCUUAUAUCUUCUUGUUCUUUCUCAUUGUGUUAUAUAAUUUCUUGUUUCCUCCUUGCCUUAAGUCAUUGUUAAAUAAAGUAAAAUCCUAACUUUUCAAA